AUGCCCCCGGCCAAUCCGCAGGUCCGACUUCCCCGUCAGCCCCGAAUGCGAACCACGCAUCAGCGGCGAGAUAUUGUGUCCUGUGUACCAUGGACAAGGUACGAGGUACGGGGUGAAAUGGUUUCAAAGUCCCUAUACGUGCUUAUUGCUGUCGGACCGUUCCUGCAUGGCGCUGUUGAGAUUGCGGAGUUGUGGGUGGGUGGUGUGGUGGUUGUUUUAAUGGGAUGGUUGGUGUUGAGGUUAGGCAUGGGUAUUAGUGUUGCCAUGACGCCUGCAUCAACGUCGCGGUCUAUCGGAACCAGGUUAACAAUAGAUGGCGACUCCCCGUUCCUAUCUCCACCAAUUGCCAUGUCUGCUACAAGUCUUUACGAGGGCGUAAUUGCAUCCGCCUGUUCGCCAAGCCCAGCACGUCCCGCCAGUUCCACACAACUUGGACGGCCAGUCAAGGAGCCGUAUAACAGGAGAGGCACUUUCGUCAUGGUAAAAUGCAAUUCUCUCCUCGCUCUUUCAGCCUUCAGUCUGGGUACGCUGGCACACCCAACUACCAAACACACUGACGAUCUUCGUUUCUGUUCCUUUGAAGAGCGCAAUAUAUUUGCCCGCCAUGAGCUCACAACGCGUGCCACCAUCCGCCCAACCAAAACCUGGAACCCUCCUGCCAACAUGGUCAAGGCCCUCGACCAGGUCUGGGAAACCGCCACCCUCAAAGAAAACCCCGGCGUCCUCGGCAACAAAAACUGGAUCUUCGACAAAAUAAUGGCCAACAACGGCAAAAUAAACUACUGCGUCUGGUGGAACCAUGCCGGCAAAAGCACGCCCGAGGUGCGCGCAAAGAUUGAAAAAGCACUCCAAAACUCGCUUCGGAAAUGGACGGACGUGCUCGUCGGCUUUGAAGGGUUUCCCUUUACCACCCUCGACGUAAAGGUUACACGCUACGCCGUUCAGGACCGCAGCGUCCUCGAAGGCGACAUGAGCGGGCUUGAGAUCCAUCAGGGUCCCGUUGACCCUAGAGGCUGGCCUGACUGUGAUCUCCGCUGCUACCGUGCUGAGCACCUCGACGGCGAUUAUAGCGAGUGUCCUGGCGGGGCUAAGAACAGGUACGACAUGAUGUUUUGGAUUGAAGACAGUCUUGGAGCAAGGCUCGGAGGCUCCGGGCUCGAUUGGGGCCAAGAGCUUGGUCCCGACUACGUGCUUAAGAAUUUGGAGAAUCCGGACAUGCAUAUUCUGGACCAUGAGGUUGGGCAUAGUUGGGGACUGCAGGAUUUUUAUACUUGGUUACCCGAAGGGCAGGAGAGUUUCCUGAUGAAUGCGGGUAGUGCGACGGAGAUUACAGAGUUUGAUGCGUGGAUGUUGAGGGAUUGGUGGAGGAGAUUGAAGCCGAUUCGUGGCUGGGAUUCAAAACUUUCGAUAUUCCAGGUCGCUGGGUUCUACUUCUGUACAUCCCAAACCCCAAAGGCCAACCCUCCAGACACACGUAACGACACGGCCCAACCGGCCAAUUCUCCUCGCAUUGCAGAGUCUUUCAUAUUCACAGACUCGCGCGUUAUUGCACAGAAGCGUAUAUGUGAGAUUUUGGAACAGGGGGUUAUUGAGACUUGA